AUGACGGUAGACACCCCAGCUUACAAAAGUACGAAGAUCGUUAUCGUAGGUGGAGGAGGGACUUUCGGUUCUUCAACAGCUUAUCACUUGGUCAAGCAAGGAUAUACUCCUUCCAAUAUCACUCUCCUCGAUGUGUAUCCUUUACCAUCGGCCCAAUCCGCCGGUAAUGACCUGAACAAGAUUUUUGGCGUUAUGUCGCGGACCGACAUAGACAAACAAUUGAGUCUCGAAUCGUUGAAAGGUUGGACGGAAGAUGAGACUUUCAAGCCUUUCUACCACAACACUGGAGAGCUCGAUAUAUCCAGAUCCGAAAGGGGAAUAGCGAAUUUGAGGGAAAUCCUCGCGGAGAUUGAUGCACCCGGUUCGGAACUCGAGGGAUAUAUGAAAUGGGUAGAAACCGAAGAUGAGAUUUUGGCUUUGGUGCCAACUUUUACACGUGACCAAAUCAAAGGCUGGAAGGGAAUAUUCGAUACAAAAGGUGGAUGGCUUUCUGCUGCAAGAGCCAUCAACUCAAUUGGCGAAUAUCUCAAAGCUAAAGGAGUCAAUUUCGCAUGGGGCGGGGCUGGUACAUUCAAACAACCUGUAUUUGACGAUGACAAGACUACUUGCAUUGGCGUGGAAACUACCGAUGGCACCGUGUACAAAGCAGAUAAGGUUGUCCUAGCAGCAGGAGCAUGGGCUCCUACACUAGUAGAUCUAGAGGGCCAGUGCUGCUCCAAAGCUUGGGUCUAUGCUCAUAUGCAACUCACCCCAGAGGAAGUAGCACAAUACAAGGGUAUUCCUGUAGUCUAUGAUGACGAAUUCGGAUUUAUCUUCGAGCCCAAUGAAAAUGGGGUGAUCAAGAUUUGUGAUGAAUUUCCUGGAUUCACUCGAUUUAAGGAACAUCAGCCUUUUGGAGCAUCAUCGCCACAACGAAUAUCGGUACCUCGAUCCCAUGCCAAACAUCCUACCGACACUAUACCCGAAGCUUCUGAUCGAACCAUCGCAAAGGCUGUUGCGGAAUUCUUACCGCAAUUCAAGGAUAAAAAACUCAUCAACCAAGCUUUAUGCUGGGUUACAGAUACAGCAGAUCGAAAUCUGCUCAUAUGUGAACAUCCUCGUUGGCAAAACUUCAUUAUCGCUUCGGGCGAUUGUGGACAAAGCUUCAAAUUGUUACCCAAUAUCGGUAUACAUAUAGUGGAACUUCUUGAAAACCGUUUACCGGAUCACCUGGAGAAAGCCUGGAAAUGGAGACCAGGUACAGGCGAUACUCUUUCUAGCUUCAGAGGUGAUCCAGCUACCGAUUUGGCAGACCACAAAGGAUGGCUGCACGAUGACGAGCGGUCGACCCUGAAUGACUUUGCGGACAUCCGAAGAUCGCUCGUUACGGCUUAG